CAGAUAAAUGCCCUCUUUAAACCACCCAAACUCUUUAAUUAAACUGAAUGUCGGAGGAGAAUUCUUUUACACUUAUUACAGCACACUAUAUGGAUCUCGUUAUUUUAGACAACUGCUAAAUAACAUGAGACGUGUUCGAGAAAUGACUAUUUAUAAAAACAUCAUAUUUUUAGAUAGAAGUAAAGAUACUUUCAGAUAUAUCAUACAAUUCCUCAGAAAUGGACACUUGAAUGUUGAUCGUAAAGACGGAGACUUUUUCCAAGACUUGAUUGAAGAAGCUGACUUUUACGGAAUAAAAGAUUUACGCAUCUAUGCUCAAUGUAAGCUUGAAGAAAUUGAAGAGGAGGAGGAAGACGAAGACGAAGGCUAUUAGUUUUAAACAUAAUCAUAAAGAGGUACUUAUGAAUAAAAAGGUCAGCCAUCAUUCAUUUUUAUCACAUCGUUUUUAUGAUAAAAAAAAGUCUGCUUCAAUAAAAUGAUAUUUAUCUUGUGAUAUAUUCCAUUCAGCAUAAACCUGCA